AUGCAACCGCGACCUGGUUUAAAAGGGAACAAAGUUUUCAGUAUAAUCAAAGUUAAAUUUCUGAUCAGAUGGGCGAAAUACCGCUUUGCUAACAAAUUCAAGCAGUUCUCGACUUGUGUAAACAAAUCACAUUUUUCACAAUGGCUAAUAGAAUUCACAAAUAUGUAA